AGUUAGCUGAAAACAAUUACGAUUCAAUGUUUUUGUGUUAAAUCGAGACGUAAAUUAGUGAAAUGAGUAGCCGCAAAAGUAGAUUAAGUUUGUCCGCAGAUAUUCGUAAAGAUGCUGGAGGAAAAAACCCUAGCGGUACACCCGCGCGCAUGAAAGCAAAUACAAAGCAUUCCGAUACACGGUCGAACGAUGAUAGCUGUGAAGUUUCACCGUCGCAAGGUGCAGACUAUUCUCCCAUGAUAUCACUUACGCAGGAUAAUGCCAUCCACGCCAUUAACGGUGUCUCGUGGAAGUGGAACAGUCCGCAACGCUUCCAUGGGAAAAUAUCGAUGCAGGCGGGCGAUGUGGGAAAGAAGAUUCACAAACCACUGCAUAAACCAUUGAAACAUUCCGAACCACCACCGGUUGAAGCACCUAAAGAAGCGACUGGAUUCAACAAAUUUAUCUCAAAAUUGAAUCUUAUCAUGGGAAAGGAAAAUGUAGGCGAGAAUUUAGGUAGUGCCGAACCGGCCAGUCUUUCCGUGGAAACCACAGAGGAACAAUAUUUCCACACUGCAGAGCAGAGUCCGUGCGACGAUCAAGUGCACAGUGAAGACAGUGCGGAAGAUAUCUUUGACCAUCACUGCAUCGACGUCGUUGAGGAUGAGUAUGGGUUGAUCAUCGGCGUCGAGAAACGGCGAAUAAGUGAAAGCAGCGACACAUACGACAGUCCACAAUUUGAUGAUGAGCUGGAUGACUCGAAGUUAGAUAGAAUUUUAAUCGAAGCAAGUCAAACGGUAGAGCGGAAAUUGAAUAAUCCUUCGCUUCCGCCGCCUACCGUAAUCCCCAGCCGGCGUCAAUCAAACUCCAACGUGCCAUUCGAAAUGAACGAUUCCGACAUGGACGGAUUUUUGCUGCAAGCUUCCCUGAUGGUGGAGGAGAAACUGAGCGACAGUUCUCAAGAUUCGGCGUCGCACAAUCCGGCUGCGAAUAUGCCACGAAAUAGCGCCAUCGUUAUUCCUCCUAGCCAUACAAAUCAGCCACCGGUGGAAGUUGAUCGGAAGCAGGCACAAUCGACCGCGGAGGGUUCGAGACAGGAUGCUGCCGGGGGUACGAGUGAAAUCGCAAUGUCCGAGGACGAGUUGAAGGCGCUCUUGGAGAAGAAAAGACAGGAAGCGCUUCUCCGUCUGCAAAACAAUCGGCUCAAACGGGCCAUGAAAGGUACGAACUCCAACGGAUAAAAGUGAUCCCAUUGAACAGGAAUUUCUACAUUUGUUAUAAACAAUGAUGUAUAAUCUAUAUCCAUGAAAACAUUAUAUUUGGA